AUGAGGAGCUAUUUUAAUGGUUGGAGUUUUUAUAAAGGGAGUGUUAACGAAGGUAGAAUUUUACUGGUGUGGAAAAGUAAUAUGAUGGUUGUGGAUAUAAUUCAAGAAAGUGACCAAUUCAUUCAUACUCCUAUUAAGGAGGUUAGGUCUGACAGGAAGUACUGUGUUACUUUUGUUUAUGGCAGAAAUACUAUUCAAGAAAGAAGUCAAUUAUGGAGUGAUCUAUCGUGUCUUCAGUUCCCUGCUGCUGCUUGGUUACUGACAGGAGAUUUCAACUCAGUUUUUGAUGGUGAUGAUAGGCUUGGAGGGUGUCCUAUGACGGCAGCUGAAAUGAAUGAUGCUCAAAGUUGGAAAGCUUUAGGUAUGGCGGAUGAACUUAGGUCUAUUGGCUCGCACUUUACUUGGACUAAUAACCAAGCUGGUAGGGCUAGGAUUUACUCUAAAAUAGACCGUAUUUUUAAGAAUCAAGAGUGGAUUGAUUUGUUCCCUGAGUCGGUUGCUAUUAUUAGGUGGGACAUUUUUUCAGAUCAUUGUUACUGUCUCAUUAAGACUUUACAGGAGGUGGUUUCUGGGUUUAAGCCUUUUAGAUUUUUUAACAUGUGGAUUGAACAUGCUAAAUUCAAGAAUACUGUUAUGGAUUGUUGGAACAAACCUGUUAAUGCUUAUGGGCUUGAUAAAGUGCUGGUGCAACUCAAGAGACUGUCCCGGGUUCUGAGACAGUUUAAUAAGCAUCAAAUUGGAGAUGUUCAAUGUAAUUUUCAGGUGGCUAAGGAGAGGUAUAAUCGGGCUCAAAUUCAAUGUCAGCUAGCUCCUCAUAUUGCUGGUUUUCAAAUUGAAGAACAGACAACUUUUAAUAUGCUGGUCCAUCACAACGAAAGGAAACAAAUUGUUGAGAAUUAUGAAGAGGUGGUGGAUCAUUUUAUUCUGCAUUUUCGGAAUGCUUUGGGCAGUCACAGUAAGACUUUGGGGACUAUCCAAAAGGAUUUUUUUAUACAUGGUAAUGUUCUUACUCUUGAGCAUCAAUUGGCCUUCAUAAAACCUUUUUCUAGGAUGGAUGUUAAAAAUGUUAUGUUUAGCAUUGGCUCUCUCAAGAGUCCGGGGCCGGAUGGGUAUGGUUCGGGGUUCUUUAAAGCAAUGUGGAAUGAGAUUGGUGAUGACAUUUCAGAUGCUAUUUUAGGUUUCUUCCAGCAAGGUUCACUUCCUAAAGGUCUAAAUAAUGCUUUGUUAACUUUGAUUCCUAAAGUUCUGAAUCCCACUAAGGCGGUGGAGUAUAGGCCUAUAGCUUGCUGCAAUGCGUUAUAUAAAGGCAUUUCGAAGAUGAUUUGUGGUAGACUGAAUAUGAUCCUUCCAGUGUUAGUAAACCAAAAUCAGGGAGCUCUUUUUAGAGAUAGACUUUUAGCUCAUAAUAUCCUUAUUUUUCAGGAUAUUCUUAAAGGUUAUAGGAGGAAGCAUAUCUCUCCUAGAUGUGUGAUGAAAGUUGAUCUAAGUAAAUCAUAUGACUCAAUUGAUUGGCACUGUUUAGAGGACAUUCUUACUGCUUUUUGUUUGCCGGGCCUGUUUAUUAAGUGGAUUAUGACUUGCUUAAAAGAUUCAUCUUAUUCUCUACUGUUGAAUGGCAGAGUUCAAGGUUGUUUUACUGGGAGGAAGGGGCUUAGACAAGGGGACCCAAUUUCCCCUUUGUUAUUUGUGCUUAUCAUGGAAUAUUUUACUAGAUCACUCAUCCAAGCUACUCAGAAUAAAGAUUUUAAGUUUCAUCCUAGAUGCAAAAAACUGAGUUUGGUGAGCUUAUGCUUUGCGGAUGAUUUAGUGCUGUUUUGCAAGGGUAACAAUACUUCAGUUCAGGUCAUUCAAGCUUGUUUUAAGUCUUUUAGUGAUGUGUCUAGUUUAACAGCUAAUUUGGAGAAAUCGAAAGUUUAUUUUGGUGGUCUAUCUGAGAAAGAAACCAGAGAUAUUUUGAAGGAGAUUCAGUUUGCUGAAGGUGAGUUCCCUCUUAAGUAUCUUGGUGUUCCUUUAAGACCUACAAAGUGGCAAGCUAGGGACUGUGAUAGCAUAUUAAAGAAGAUAAAAUUGAAGCUUUAUCACUGGUCUAGCAGACACUUAUCCUUUGCGGGAAAAGCUCAGCUGAUACAUUCUGUGCUUUUGGGCAUUAGAGCCUUUUGGAUGAGUAUCUUCCUUCUCCCUAAGAAAGUUAUAGCUGAAAUUGAUCAUCUCUACAGGAAGUUUCUGUGGGGUACUAAUAGGAGGAAUGAUAACAGGAGUAAGUUACAUCUCACAGCUUGGGGCCAAGAUAUUCUUUGGGUUAAAUGGAUCGAUGCCAUUUAUCUUAAAGGACAAUCUAUUUGGGACUAUAAGCUUCAAGCGGAUGUGAGCUGGUAUUGGCGUAAACUCAUUAAGCUAACAAUUGUCAUCAAUUCUGAGUUAUUGAUCAAGGCAACAGUGAAGAACAAGUUGAAUACCAGUAAAUUGUAUGGUCAGUUGGUUCACAAAGACAGAGUUCAUUUUGAUCAUGUUGUUUGGUGUUAUUUGACUUUGCCAAAGCAUAGGUUUGUCCUUUGGCAAGCUACUUUGAGGCAUUUACUAACUAGAGACAACUUGCUAAAGUGUCACUUACAGUUGCCUUUAGACUUAUGCCCUACGUGUGAAUUACAACAAGAAUGCCAUGAACAUCUUUUCUUUCAAUGUCAAUUCUCCCAAAUGGUGAGACAUAGAGUUGUUGCUUGGCUGAAAUGUGAUGUUUGGCCUAUUCAGUACCAGGGAUGGAUUGAGUGGAUGAAGGGGAAGCCGAAAGGAAUUCAGCAAAAGAUUCUAGCUGCUGGUUUAGCAGCUGCUGUGUAUCUGAUCUGGUGGAAUAGGAAUCAAUGCUUGUAUAAUCUAUGUUCUUUUUUCUGUGAACUCAGUUGUUUCUUAAUUGCAAAAGAGCUUAUUUGCUAG